GCCCCACGUUUGUCCCGGAAGUGAAAGCGGAGGACUGAUGUGUGUCUGGAGUGCAGGAAUCUGUCGGUAACAUUUGUGUUCAGUGGUUUUCUGCUCUGCAAAAUGGACACGUUGAAUAAACUGAAACAGUUUGACGCUUAUCCCAAAACUCUGGAGGAUUUCCGAGUGAAGACGUGGGGCGGAGCGACCGUGACUAUCAUCAGCGGUGUCAUCAUGCUAAUCCUGUUUGUCUCUGAGCUGCAGUACUAUCUCACAAAAGAGGUCCACCCUGAGCUGUACGUCGACACAUCGCGAGGAGACAAACUCAAAAUCAACAUCGACGUCAUUUUCCCACACAUGCCCUGCGCCUAUCUCAGUAUAGAUGCGAUGGAUGUGGCCGGGGAGCAGCAAUUGGACGUUGAACACAAUCUGUUGAAACAGCGGCUGGAUAAAGACCUCAAACCUGUCACUAUGGAGGCAGAGAAACACGAACUUGGUAAAGCUGAUGAUGGUGAAGUGUUUGACCCCAGUACACUGGACCCAAACAGAUGUGAGAGCUGCUACGGAGCCGAGACUGACGACCUCAAAUGUUGUAACACCUGUGAUGAUGUGCGGGAGGCCUACCGGCGGCGAGGCUGGGCGUUUAAAAGUGCUGACACCAUCGAGCAGUGUAAGAGGGAGGGCUUCACACAGAAGAUGCAGGAGCAGAAGAAUGAAGGCUGCCAGGUUUAUGGCUUCCUGGAGGUCAACAAGGUGGCAGGAAAUUUCCACUUUGCCCCGGGAAAAAGUUUCCAGCAGUCUCAUGUCCAUGUGCACGCUGUGGAAAUACACGACCUGCAGAGUUUCGGCUUAGACAACAUAAACAUGACCCAUCUGAUAAAACACCUGUCGUUUGGCAAAGAUUACCCUGGCAUUGUAAACCCUCUGGAUGGGACAGAUGUCACAGCACCACAAGCAUCGAUGAUGUAUCAGUAUUUUGUGAAAAUCGUUCCUACGAUCUAUGUGAAAACUGAUGGAGAGGUGGUAAAAACCAACCAGUUCUCAGUCACAAGGCAUGAAAAAGUUGCCAAUGGGCUAAUAGGAGACCAGGGGCUGCCGGGCGUCUUUGUUUUAUAUGAGCUGUCGCCCAUGAUGGUUAAAUUCACAGAAAAACACAGAUCGUUCACACACUUCCUAACAGGAGUUUGUGCCAUUAUUGGAGGUGUAUUUACAGUGGCCGGUCUGAUCGAUUCGCUCAUCUACCACUCAGCUCGUGCCAUCCAGAAGAAGAUAGAGCUGGGCAAGGCGUCCUAACAGCGCCCCCCUCUGGCCUCCACGGUGCAACACAGACCAAGACACGGACACAAGAGACAGAAAGGAGGAAAAAAGAAGAGGGGGCAGACAGGCAGGCAGAGGAAGAGGGUUGGAAACAGAAGCAAGCGGAUUGUUCUCCCUCUGUCUCUCUCUUCUGUCAGAAUGAAUGAGGGCAAACACAGAGAGAGACAGAGAGGUUUUAAAUCAGCCACAUCUUGAUUCCUCUGUCUCUUUUCUUUCUGGAAAAAAAAAAAAAAAAACACUGGAGGAUUUCGACAGCGUCUUUGAAUUUUCCUCUCCACUGUUAAAAUUGGACGCCAACAGGACAGAGUCAGAAUCAGACAUCGACUUUGAGGUUGAACUCGAGAAGAGAAGAAGAAGAAGUCUCAUCAGUUCAGUCCCAGCCUCCUGAAGCUCCUUCAUGGAAAAAGGGAACUUCCUUUCCUCCAUCCUGUUUACGUUCUGCUUCUGCGCUGCUCAGCUCUCAGAUCACUACACUGAAUGUUUGUUAGCACAUCUGUGGAUGAGUUCUCCAUCUAAAGGAGUCAGGAAGAGAGGUCAGGUGAACUUUGAAAGGAAUAGGUCACCCAAAAACUUUGGAUGGUAAUAUUCUGGUAAUAUUCUAUAUUUUUCUUAUUGUCAACAAAUUUAUUUGUAUUAUUUUAAUUCAGUUCCACAUACACCACCCUGCUGCCAGAAAUACUCACCAGAGCAUCAGGUGUGUAUUAAUCUGCUGUUUAAAACAGUCCCCAACAAACACUCUGUUUGCUCCCAUUUUAGUGACAUCUAGUGGCCAGCUGCUUUAAGAAACGACUGAGUCAGAAAAACAGUCGCAAAGUAUCAAAAGAUGGACUAACUCAUUUUUGUUUUUUGUUUUUUUCAAUAUAUUUGUUGACAGUAACAAAAAGUUAAAAUGUUUUUUCCACACGUAAUCUUUAUGUCAGUUUUUUUAAAGCCAGUAACUUUAAUUACAUUAAAGUCCUUCAGAAAAAAGACCCGUGUUCGACGAUCUGAAAAGAGUAUAAGAUCACCAGUGUGCUAAAGGAGUAGCUGCACACGUUUUGAUAUGUUUCUGUGUCUUUGACGAACUUGAAAGAAACCUGUUUUACAGUUGUGUUCUCCAUGAAUGUGAUAAAAGAAAAAAAAUCUGGUACUUCGGGACUCAAGUUGAGAGUAGUUGAUAAAAAAACGUUUCGGGUGACAUGUUCCUUCCAAGCCUUAAGAUACUUGAUGAAAGCUGAUCUUUUGAAACAGCUGAAAUAAUGACACUGAUUUCGGCAGAUAAAUACAACGAUCCCACUGCAGGUUGGUGCAGCUGCUUGGUUCAGGCUGUUCAUCUCUGGCUGUUCAGAGGUUGAAAGGCCUGAAGUGUGAACAGAGCCACGUGUUUUGUUUGGUUUUUAAGUGGCAGUUGAGGCAAAAACCAACCAGCUGCAGCCAAAAUGUACAACCCCAACACUUGGACAGAAAAUAUGAAGAUAGAGCUCGACCAGGAAAUUCACUGUAGCUUCUCUUCCUCUCCUCUGGAUCCAUCCUCACCUGCAGAUUCAUUUAAACGCUCAGUUUCCAACACAUAAUGUUUUGAGUUGAUUGCCACCAGAAAAAAAUGAUGCAUAUUCAAGUGCUGUUGUAAAGAACGCGUCCUCCCUAACUGACAAAGUGAGCCCCCUCCUGUCUUUUCCUCAACGUGAAUACUCUUCAUACGAUUUUACCUCUUUUUGUUCAUGUAUUCAGGAGUGUAAAUACAAUACUAACACAUCCAUCACUGCCUCACAUAAAGGAAGGAAACAGCUAAACACUAUAUGAAUCCCACCAGAUUGAGUGUGGCGCUGCACUGUGUCAGUGUUAAAAACUCACUCAGAUUAAGUAGAUGAGAUUUUCUAAGAGAUUUUUUAUUACGGGGAAAAGGGCUGCUUCUAUUCUGUUUUGUUUCUUUCAUUCUAUGGAAACAAUACACUUAUGUAUUUUUUUUUUAUUUGGCCUGUGGGAGUGGGGAAUGUUUAACAAAUCUUAACACAACCAGUAGCUUCAGAUAACGAUCCUCCUCUUGUGAUCUUGUGAGUCUUUCAAAAAAAAUUGUUACACUCAUCCAAAAACUUCAGUCAGUAAAUGACAGGGAGGCAGCAGGAAGCUCUGGACCACAAGAUGGUGGUCUGGAGAUGACAACGUUUGCGCUUCUGACUUUUAUUCCUGACUCACAUCUUGAGUCACCAUAUGAUAUCCAGAUGUUUCUGCCAGUUUGAUCUUCACCUCGUGUUUAUUUUUGACCGUCCUGAGUAUUAGACAGACUGAAACCGACUCGGUGGGUGAGAUUGUUGGUUAGAAAAUCUCCUCUGAAAAGACCACACUGGUGGUUUCACAUGUUUCAGCUCAUUAAGGACAAAUCAGGCAUCGCUGUCGACCACUUUCAAAAACAUACCGACAGUUUUUAUAUGGAGCCUUCAGUUUUAGUUCAUUUCAACCUGAUCAGAGAAUCAACUUACAAUUGCAGAGUCAGUCGCCUUUGCUUUUUACCAUUAAAUCAUGUCAAUGCUGUCUUGCUCUUGCUGUUUUCAGGGAGAGUUGGAAAUCUAAAAUUUCAGACUCUGCAGACUAAAGUCUCACUGGACUUUAAGACACAGUCAUUUAAAAAAAUUUAAUUUUAGCAAACUAGUUUUUACAGUGUUGUCCAAACAAUUCUUGCCAAAGUCAUCGCCAGAGGACUGAAAUCUGAAGACAGAGCUUUCAACACUGGACCAAACCUCUUUUUUAUGUUAAUCAAACUCACCUUCUGCUUUGAUUCACUCAGUUGUUACAGUGUCUAAACGGAUGUGAAAACAUGUGGGUUCAUAUGACACCGAUGGAGGCUGAAGGUCAUGUGACUGUGGCAGAUUAUCAACAAAUAUUCUGAGUAUUACAGCUGUAAAGAGGCACUUAGAUGAUCAUAAGUAUCAGAACUGUCCAAACUCUCUACUCUGUGUUUAAAUCUGGGUGAUGCAGUUUGAUCAUGAAAAUUCCUGUCGAUUCAGCUGUUGAUAGUUGGUUGUUGCACCUUUUAACAUCUAAAUCAGGGGCAGGGGUUGUGUAUGUGUGUGUGUGUGUGUGUGUGUGUGUGCGCGUGCGUAUGUAUGCGAGGGUGUGCUCUGAUGCCAGUUGCUGUGUGUGUGUGUGAGAGAGAAGUGUAUUUAUAUUUUGAUUGUCCUCAAACAGUUUUUAAAAUGACUGAAAAUAAAUGUUGAAUACACCA